CGUCACUUUCUCACUUCAUCGAAUCGAGUAGCUAUUCUUCACUCCAUCGGAUCUCCAUUUUCCCUGUUCUUCAUCUGCAAAAUUUAACGGAAAAUGAGAGAAAUCCUUCACAUUCAGGGAGGCCAAUGCGGGAACCAGAUAGGUUCAAAGUUUUGGGAGGUUGUCUGUGAAGAGCACGGGAUAGAUCCAACUGGGCGUUAUGUUGGUACUUCAGAUGUGCAAAUCGAGCGUGUCAAUGUGUACUACAACGAGGCAUCAUGCGGCAGAUUUGUGCCCCGUGCAGUGCUCAUGGAUCUUGAGCCUGGAACCAUGGACAGUGUUCGAACUGGUCCAUACGGUCAGAUCUUCAGGCCCGAUAAUUUUGUUUUCGGUCAGUCUGGUGCUGGAAACAACUGGGCGAAAGGGCACUACACCGAGGGUGCUGAGCUGAUUGACUCGGUUCUUGAUGUUGUCAGAAAGGAGGCUGAGAAUUGUGACUGCCUUCAAGGUUUUCAGGUGUGCCAUUCACUUGGUGGAGGAACUGGUUCUGGAAUGGGCACCUUGCUCAUCUCGAAAAUAAGGGAAGAAUACCCUGAUAGAAUGAUGUUGACUUUUUCUGUCUUCCCUUCACCCAAGGUUUCGGAUACAGUGGUCGAGCCUUAUAAUGCGACCCUUUCGGUGCAUCAGCUUGUUGAGAAUGCUGAUGAAUGCAUGGUGCUUGACAAUGAAGCUCUGUAUGAUAUUUGCUUUAGGACGCUCAAACUUACCACUCCUAGCUUUGGCGAUCUCAACCACUUGAUUUCUGCAACCAUGAGUGGAGUCACAUGCUGCCUCCGAUUCCCCGGUCAACUCAACUCCGAUCUACGAAAGCUAGCAGUCAACCUAAUCCCAUUCCCCCGUCUGCACUUUUUCAUGGUCGGAUUCGCCCCUCUCACCUCCCGCGGCUCACAACAAUACCGCGCUCUCACCGUACCAGAGCUCACCCAACAAAUGUGGGACUCCAAAAACAUGAUGUGUGCAGCCGACCCCCGCCACGGCCGCUACCUCACCGCCUCCGCCAUGUUCAGAGGCAAAAUGAGCACAAAAGAAGUAGACGAACAAAUGAUCAACGUCCAAAACAAGAACUCAUCCUAUUUCGUGGAGUGGAUUCCCAAUAACGUGAAAUCGAGCGUCUGCGAUAUUCCACCAAGAGGGCUUUCAAUGUCUUCGACAUUUAUCGGAAACUCGACUUCGAUUCAAGAAAUGUUUAGGCGAGUGAGCGAGCAGUUCACCGCUAUGUUUAGAAGGAAAGCUUUCUUGCAUUGGUACACUGGUGAAGGUAUGGAUGAAAUGGAGUUCACCGAGGCAGAGAGUAAUAUGAACGAUCUCGUGUCUGAAUACCAGCAGUACCAGGAUGCUACAGCGGACGAUGAAGGCGAGUACGAGGAUGAGGAAGAAGAUGGAGUGGAGGACAUUUGAAGAAUAUAUAAGAUAAGAUCUCUUUUUGCCAACUCCCUUUUAUCUGAUUUCUUGCAUUUUAUGUGCUUUGUUUUUUUCUUGAGUAUGUAAUUUGGGAAUUUCUUAUAUCUGUGUUGUUGUUGGUUGUUUUUUCCUGGCUGUGUUUUGAUGUGUCUGGAAAACUUGCUUUCUCUCACUUAUUGCCAUUAUGUGUUUUAUUACUACAUAUUAAUGUGCUAAACAACAUUUGCAUUCUGCUG